AUGAAUAAUGAAUUUGAUGCAUCAUUUAUGACUAGAUUAUUUUAUUUUACAAUGCAUUUCAUUUGUUGGACAAUUUUGAUAGUUUACAAAGAAAAUGCUUUUAUGUAAAAUCCUUUUGGUGGAUUAUAAUUCUCAUUUAUAAUAUUAGUAGUUUAUUCAAACUAUUUAUUUGUUACAGUUGGAAAUAAUCCUGGAUAUAUAGUUAGCACAAAUGAAGAGGAUGUUGAAUUAUAAAUAGUUGAAUAAGAAAUGAAUAAACGAUAUUGUAAAAUAUGCAAAUUUAAUAUACCCAAUAGAGCAAAGCAUUGUAAAGUUUGUAAAAGAUGUGUAGCAAAAUAUGAUCAUCAUUGUUUUUGGAUAGGAGGAUGUGUAGGGGAAUUAAAUUAACGAUCAUUUUGGUUAUUUUUAUUAGUUUAGAGUUUUGUAUUGAUAUUACUGUUGGGGUAUUGUUAAGAUGGUCUCUCAAAUUAUGAUUAUUAUGAAAAGGAUAAAAAGAGAUAUGGAUAAGAAUAUGGAGCAUUUAUAGUAAUAUUUGUUAUAAUGUUUUUAUUUUUAUUGUUUUCUGGUGGAAUGUUGAUAUUCCAUACAUAUUUAAUAGUAGCAGGAAUAACAACAUAUGAAUUAUUAAAAAUGCAUAAAUUUAAAAAGGAAACAACAAAUUCUCUUUGUUAAAUUUUAAGAAACAUAAAAUCAACAUUUUGUCAUGGUGGUAAAUUACAAUCAAUUUAAGAAAUAGUAUGA